AUGCCUGAUCCUCCCCCCCUCCUUCAUCUCCUGUUCCUCUUCCUUCUCCUCCUCCUCCUCCUCCUCCUCCUCCUCCUCCUCCUCCUCCUUCCCAUCUGCCUACAGGAACUGGUCGGUCGAUGUGGGCUGCUGACGAACCUCCGGCCUCUGCCACCCAGAUCACGUUUUCAUCGUUAGCGAUGAGCCUGGCAGGCAAAUCCCCGUUGACUCUUGGUGUAUAACUCGGUAAAGAGACUGGGUGGAAUAUGCUGCAGAGCCGUGAAGAAAAAAAUAGAUGUAAGCGAAACCUGCUUGAGAAUAUUGAUUAACCGUCGGACGGGGGCUUUAGUAGAAUGUCGGCCUUUCAAGUUGAGCUGUUACCGGUGUUUCACAAAAUAUAAGCGGAUGGCCGUGUUAACCAGGAGCUACCCGAUCUGACUCUCAGCUCACCGACAAUAGAAGCUCAGCUCGCCAGUCAGCCUCCCGGGGACACAAGACCGACUGAGAGAUCGAUUUUAUCUCUUCUGUAUCAACCGGCACAUUGAGUUGGACGCCGCGCACAAAAGUCUGAAGGAGAAGUGGAAGAUACGAGAGCCAAUCAGAACAGAAUGAUGCAGAUAGCGGCCGCCCACUGGCUCAAGCGCCCAACAAUUAUCGAUUUUCAAGUGCACUGCCAGAUGUUAACUGUUGUCGGCACAUUUGCUCUCUGUCUGCGUCUGACGACGACCUGGGGAACCAGCGUCGAAAAUGCACGCAGUAAAACUCCUUGUCUCAAAGAACACCAUUGACUCCAAGUUAUAUGUAUUGGGAUGCCUACCUUCCAGUACAUAUACAUAUAUAUACCAGAUGUGAUAUAUAUAUAUAUAUGAGGCAGAAUAGCAUUACUGACAAAGGCAACGGGCUCGUGGCCCGGUGAGUAGAGGCGUUGACUUCUAAACCAACAGGUCGCGAGUUCGAGGCUCGGGUGUUCCACACUUCGGGCUUGGGUAUGGCUGGCUGACGACGGCUAAUAAGCCAGAAAUGGCCAUUCCAGUCUCCCUUGUCUUUGUCGGUAAUGCUAUUCUGCCUAUAUAUCAUGCGCCGCUGUGCGGCUGCUGGCUGGGCUCGAGAGAGAGCCCUUAAGGCACAACGAAACGACUGAGUUCCGUAUGAACGAUCGGUGAGCACCCCCUAACAUUAUAUAUAUAUAUAUAUAUAUGAAUGACGGAAGUAGUAUGCAUUCCGAGACGAUAUAAUAAAAGGAGAAGGAUCGUCUGAAAAUCGAGGUAUACUCGUGAAUUUUCAAGUCGGUUACACCAACCCGUCGCCAGACGAAAUGAAAAUUGUGAGGGAGAUAAUCGCACUAGGGAGCUGGAGGGACAUCGAGGUUACAUCGACAAAACAGACGUCUAUGUGUAGGGGUGAAGUACGUGUUUGGAUAGGUGGCGGAUGUUAGGGGAAUUGUUGACGGUUUCACACAUGGUUCACUCUGUGGGGGAGGUGCUGAAUCCGUGAUAUUAUACAUGGCCGAACACGGAUUAGCAGCUGGUGUCUUAGGGUGGGCGCAAACCGGCGGACUAUGAACGCAAACCGUCAUAGAGAGCAACCAAGUCGACAUGGCGGUUGAUGCUAUUAUCAUUAGAGUGCCAAGCUUCUUGAAACUCUCCCGCCUGUUUGGUGUUGGCACUACCGAUCACUUCUGUUCCCUCCCAGUUGAAGCGAUUAUCACACCCAAGGGCGUGCACAAACACGAGAGACUAGGGGUCCCGUCAACGGAUAGCCAAUUUAUGUUCGUUAAUGCGGGUCCCAAGUCGUCCGCCGGUAUGCCCAACAUAAACGCUAGAGCAGUUUGCACAUGGAAUGCGGUAAACGACAUUUGUUUGCUGCUCCUUAGGUAUGGGAUCUUUUACACGGGAGAAUGUCGUGCGCAAUGAAGACGCCGGUUUGUGGGCGAUGGAGAUGCCGAACUGAUUUAAUUGUCGAGCGAUCGCUGAUACCCUGUCUCCGUUAGAGUCGACGCUUUGUGGUUGUUUCUGGAGUCUGAGACAAUGUUUCACAAAACUCACCGAGUAUCCGUUCAGUCAGAAAAGGUGAUACAAGUAAGCCAGUUCUUUCUUGAGUAAAUUGUCACUACUGCAGUAACGGUAGGCCCUGUGGAAAAGGGCUGGGUGCUGGGUGGUUACUCUGAUAGCUCAGGAUGAUCUCUGCAUCGGAGCUUUUCCGAUGAACGCUUGUUGCGAUGCCGCCAUCAUUGAGCCUUUGUAUGCUCACAUCUAGGAACAGCAGGAUGCCUCCUUUUGUUUCUUCACAAGUUAAUUGUAGCGCUGGGAAGCGCCAUUCAAGCUCUGAUGAAAUCGCCAAACUUCACAGGUCUUAACGAUGACAAAUGUGUCAUCUACGUAUCCGAGCCACGUUCUCGGUUGGAAACUUUGUACAUCUUUUUCUAGUCGUUGUAAGACUAGUUCUGCGAGUAGCCCCGAAAUUGGCGAACCCAUUGGGGUGCACUUAACCUGUUGGUAAUAUUUGCCAUCGAAUUGGCAAUAGUUAUUGAGGCAGAGCUGAAGCAUUUCUAAGACGUGGUGUGUCGGAAGGUCGAUGGCAUUGUGUCGUAGGCGUCGGACCACGCUCUCAAUGGGAAGGUCAUGUGGUAUUGAGGAAAACAAAGCGACAAGAUCAAAUGAUCGAAUGCUUUCAUCACAACUUAUUUUAAGAAUGGCGCCUUCCCAGCGCUACAAUUCACUCGUAAAGAAGCAAAAGGAGGCAUCCUCCCGUUCCUAGAUGUAAGCAUACAAAGGCUCAGUGACGGCGACAGGUUUGAAAAUUGUAAACAGUACUUAGCAAAUUUUGGGGUUCGAGAAAGUCAUUAUAUAAGAUUAGAGACUUAGAGUCUCCUUUAACCAUUGGCUAAAGGGGGGUGGAAAAGAAGACAAAGGGGAGAGGGAGAAAAAUGAGAAAGGUAGACGGAGAGGAAAAGAAGACGAGAGGAGGAGGAGGAGGAGGAGGGGGGACUCCUUAGCGUUUCUACUGCUUGUCCCUUGAGUUUUAAAUACUCUUGCCUGCAACGGCAGCCGUUUUCAGUAAAUGAUACACAAUAAUAUCCAUCGAUAGGCUUGUGGACAGCAGUCAUCUUGCCGACCAUCACGGGGAUUUUAACUGAACCGAUAAGGGCUUUCGUGCACUGAUGAGAGAGUUUUCUGGUCCAAGCACGCCGUAAUACAUCUGCGACAACGAGAUAAAAAUAUGCUCGCACUCCAUGUUGCAUUUGGCAAUUUUGGUGAUUAAUCAUAUCAUUAUGUGCCUGUGGUGACCUAUGCUUCCUGAAAUAUCGGAAGACCAUAGUGUAUAAUAAAUCCGUGUUCGCUGAUGAGGUUUAAAUGCGCCUUUGCAGCUAAUCCUGCUGCGAUAUGGAAACAGUAGGCAACAGUAUCUAAUGCAGCCCCACUGAUCAGAUAGGAAGCAAGGAUGCCUCUAACCCCUAAACUUAACAUCAAAACCUCAACCCAACGCCACCUCACCGCGACGCCCACGAGACUGAGAUCAACUUCCAUGAGCCCCAACAACUGAUCAGUCCGUUGAGUGACGAGGGGGGGGGGGCGCCAAGCAUGCUGGCUCGCCAACAAUUACGACGGCCGCAAAAGGGGCAAAGGUGACACGAGCCCACCGGCCGUCAAUCGCGGAGAGGUCAACGGUAGUCGGCGGCAAACGGGGAGAUCAUAGUUCGUGCUUUGAGCACGGAUAUACUACACGGCAGGUAGCAAGGCUGAAGCAAUCAAGGCCAGCAGGAACAGCCAACACAGUACUCUGAUGAUGGAAACGAGAGGGUUUCCGAGCGUCAGUUCAAAUAUAACUUGGUCUAUGAAUUCGCCCUUUCUUCUUCUUCUUCGGAGGAUGAUGGAUGCGAUAUACAGAUAUAUACAUCGCGUUCAUCAUCUCCCGAAGAAGACGAAGACGAAGAGAGGGCGAAUUCAUGGACCAUAUUGGAUUCGAACUGGCGUUUCGGAAACUUCAUCAUUUCCAUCAUCAGAGUAGCGUACUUGCCGCUUACCGGGGCUGACCGGUAACAGGCCUGCGUGACCUUUGUUCUCUUUGGUGUCGGCGUAAUUGUAGUCAAAUCAACGUGCCGCUUGGCCUCUCCCACGUCAGACGGUGGACUGAUCGGUCGUUGUUGUUCAGGUGAGCAGCAAUAAUGGGUGGUUAUUGCAACGCAACUUUUCUAUUCCUUCCAUAUUUUUAAAAGGAACGUCUUUUCCUGGGGGCUCAACGCUUUCAUCUGGGGCUAAAACUCUUUUGCACAGGCUCUUGAAUGAGGAGUGCGUUUAGGAAUCAUCGUUGGGAAAGAUUUAAAAAUAUGUCCAAAAAUCAGAUACGUGACCCAAAGGUACGCAAUGUGGCCAGAUACACGCAGUGAACUGGAAGGUAAGCGGGCUUCACAGAUGGAGUCUCUGUGAACGAAAAAAUGAAUUCGCAAUUUCCGGACCGCGAAUAGACGGGAGUCCACAGAGGGUUAGCUGUCAUCAUGUUUUCUGGCCUAAUUGCUGUUUCCACGGAGAUUUUAAAUACCUGAUUAGUGAGUUUUGGUGCCUGAACAGACGCCCCACAAGAAGAAGAGAAAAAGUAGUUGAAUAAAGAGCACUUGCAGGAUGCCCUAGCUGGCUUGCAAAUGGGUUCUGUGGAAUGUCCGGCCGGACUUCCUACAAUUCCAAUAAUGGUUUCCAGACGCAUGGAGAUUGCAUAGAACCGACCAUUAAACCAGUUAUACUAGCAAUUUCCACCUAUGAGGAACGUUACGCUUGAGUGACCUUCAAAUACAAACGUGGGUUUACGGGAGAUAUGAAAAGGCUUGUGCACCCGCAAUUAAUAUGAAGGUCGCUCACUGCCACCGCACAUAGCAGACUGGCAAGUUUGAAAACUUUAGAUAGGAUUUAGCAAAUUUUGGAACUCGGACAAAUCAUUAUAUAAAAAUUAGGGAUCUAGAAUCUCAUUUUGCCAUUGGUUGAAGGGAGGAAGAAAAAAGAAAACUAAGGGGAGAGGGAGAAGGACGAGAAAGGGAAGGCGGAGAGGAGGAGGAGGAGGAGGAGGAGGAGGAGGGAGGGGGAGUCUUUAACACUUCUUGAGCUCUUAACACACCUGCUUGCGGAACUCUAAUGUGUCAGUAUACAAGAGUAGGGACUUAGAGUCUCAGUUUGCCAUUGGCCGGCGGGGAAGUGGAAAAGAGGAAGACGAAGGGAGAGAGGGAAGGCAGGGAGGAAGAUAAAGAGGAGGGACUCUGUAACACUUUUAUAGUCUGCUUCUUGACCUUUAAACACGCUUUCCUGCAACAGCAGCCGUUUUCAGUAAAUGACACGCAAUAACAUUCGCGGAUAUCCUUAUGGACACCAGUCGCCCUGCCGAGCUUCAUAUCAUAAUGCCCUUGAAAACGACUCUUAGUUGAACCGAAGACGGCGUUGAUGUGUUAAUGCGAGAAUUUUCUGGCUUAAGCACGCCGUACCACCUCUACGACAAGAAGACAAAAAUAAGCUCACAUUCCAUGCUGCAUCUGCCGGUUUAUGUGAUGAAUCAUAUCAGAAUAUGACUGCGGUGCCUUAGGUUUUCUUAAAUAUCGCAUGAACUUAGUGCAUAUUAUAGUCAUGUUUUCUGAGGAACCUUGGAUGAGCUAUUGCAGAUAAUACUUCUCUAUCGAAAACUUGCUGUGAUACGAAAAUAACAGGCAACAGUAUCCUAUGCAGACUCACUGAACAAACGGGAAGCACUGACGCCCUUAACACUUAAACUGAACAUCGAAAUCCUUGACCCUAAUAUCGAUCUCCUAAACGUAACCCUAAAGUUAGCCCAGCCCUAAAUAUAACACCGACGAUAACCCCUAGACCUAACCUCACUCUAAGCCUUAAUUCGGACUUUAAACUCUACCUUAGGCUUAUCUCCAAGUGUAACCAAUAACUUCCGGAUUAGACUAGCAUUAAUGUUGGUGUGCGCAAAAUAACUAUGAAUUAUGCCUCCCAUCUUUCUUGGCUGUCACCGCGAGGCCGCCGGUAGAGUAUUCAGGUCAAAAGUGAGGGUCCUGUUGCAUUCUAGAACUGAAACAAAUUGAUGAAAUCCGCGGUCGUGCGGACCAUUUGUCGGAUAUGAUCGCUGACUACUGAACCACUUUUUUGAUCGGUCAGACUUCUACGUGUCCCCCAAAAAUGUGAAAUUUUGCCAAAUAAAACUGCAUAUUGACGAACUUGCUCCAGUAAAUAGAGGUGGAGAGGCAGUACACAUCGAUGUGUUACAAGUACACUGGUAUGUACACGUUUUUACACAAAUUUCCAAUGGCGUUUGAUGCUGGGCAGAAAUGAAACCAUAUCCAUCAAACCAUGAUUUUUAAUUUCCACCUGCUUUCCAAUAUGAAUUAAUGUUGGCUCCACCGCGCUAGAAAUAGUUAUCCGCUCUGCGGAUCGCAGAAGGAAAUUAACCCUCAGCUUAAAAGCCCGUGUUAUAACAUACCAGCCGUGGAGAAACUAUGCCUGCCCUUCUUCUUCUUCUUGUAAAUUCAGCCAAGCGAUACCGUGGAAAUUUGACAAACCCAAAAAGGCAGAAGCAAUGGGUAUUACACGUAGGUUAAGAAAAAUGGGUUGGAAAAUCAUGCCUGGCCUCCUUCUAAGGAAAUGCCGCUAACGUCGGCAGCGCGUAUCUCACGCCUCAAUCUUGCAGUCACCCCAUAUGAGCACAGCCUGUCGAAGUGCAGCAGUACACUUGUCGGUGCGUGUGUAGGCCGCGCGAAAAGCACGCCACCGGGGAUCGCCUUAUUACGCAGUACAUGAGUACAAAUGAUGCGCAAUCAGCGAUCGCUCCAGCUUGCAUCUGGCAGAGGGGACGAACGAGCGUCCCUACGCAGUGCUGACAUCAACCUAGUAACACCCUGAAAAGAACGUUUUCGGCACCAAAAAUGCCAGCCCAAGAGAAGCUUGAUGGUGAAUAAAUAAGCAUCCAAUUACCUGGAUAUUAGUCCUUAUUAUAUGAAUAUCAAGGCAUUCGCCUUUGCACAGCACCGUUCACAACCGUAGUAUGCAUUAACGUUCUUCACGAAUAAAGGCGAAAUAUCGAGGUCCAGGUUUAUGCAUAAGUGAAGAAGAGUCAAGCAUCGGAACAUUGGUGCCGUUACGUAGACGACACGUUCGUCGUCGUAAGGAAGGACAUGCUGCAACAUUUCCACAGCCUGCCCAACGCAGUCUUCCCUGAUAUAAAAUUCACGAGGGAAGAAGAACAGGAAUAGUAGGUGCCCGCCCUGGAUGUGCUUGUCAGACGAAACCUUAACGGUGAACUUGAAACGACUGUUUAUAGGAAGGCCACGAACACCACACAGCUUCUUAGUUUUCACAGCAACCAUGCGGUGGCCCACAAACGAAGCUGUGUGAAAAGGCUUCUCAAACGGAUCCAAACUCAUCGCAGCAAACCGGAGGACAGAGUAAGUGAGGCCCGUCAUCUCCGCGACCAGUUUGUGCAAAAUGGUUAGCCGAGGGCAUUCAUAAGUCGCUGCCUACGCGGUCGUCACCAGAAGACUCGAACAUCAACACCACCGACGAUAUGGCAUUGUCUGCCAUACAUCAAGGGCGUUUCAGAAGCGACCGAGCGCAUUGCUGCGGAGCUAGGUGUUGGAAUUGCACACCGUCCCAAAGCCACCAUGAGCAAUAGGGUCAUGCAAAUCAAAGACGGUUUAAAGCCUGAAGACCAAUAUGGAGUAGUGUAUCGUAUUCCGCGUCAAAAUUGGCCCUGCAACUACAUAGGACAGACUGGACGCAUGCUCGGAUCGCGCAUACACGAACAUAAGUUGGCUGUGCGGCAAGGCGACGCAUUAUCACAAGUGGCCGCACACACCUACAAAAUGUGCCACGAGUUUAACAUCGCAGCUACCAAAAUAGUCGCCCUCGCCGGAAACAAAACCAGCCGAAAAUUGAUUGAAGCCUGGGCCCCGGAUGAGAACUUGGCUAAUCGAUCUAUCGAUCCGGCGUUGAGCGUACAGAGCCCUGCGUAGUCACCUCCAGUCUUCCGCCGUCGGUCGAUGAUUGGCCUAUAUGCCGUAUAACUGUCGUUUGUUCUGUUGCCGAAACUACCUCUGAGGAUGGACUCCUGUACGAGUCUGAAAGCUCAGGACAAUAAGCAAAGUGUUCCGGUGCUCGACUCUUCUUCACUUAUUAACGUUCUUACUUUGCUACUAUCUUAUCACCUACCAACUGCAUGGAAAAGGCACGUAACUGUUCAGUCAACUACUUUACAAGUCCUAAGUGAACGUACCCACCUCUGCCCAAUACCGUUACCGGUGACAGAUCACCUGCUCCACCUAGAAGUGUUCGUGCGUCCAAGGGCAUAUCUGACGCGUCGGCUGGCUUCAUCCGCCUCAAAAUCUUCAGCGGACUUGUCAGGUGCUGGUAGGGUAUUUGGAAACGUACUGCCCGUGUUCGCAGUUCGUCGCGUACGGUUACAUCCACCUCAAUUGAGAAGGCCACCGGACGCUCUUCAAAAUAACUUUGCCAUGGUUCAGUCAUUGAGGUCUAUGUGUCCUCCGAAGAGGACGUUGGAGCGUCUCUUGACCGCGUGUAGGUGGAUAACCACCUCGACGAGAAUGAUGAUGAUGACUUGGGCGUUGAGUUCUCCGACAUAAUGGCCUGAUCCUCAUUGAAAAGAAAAUGUUAAAACUCAAUAGUAUGGGUUAACAGAAAAGGUGAAGCACAGGACAGCAAUGCCUGCGCUCAGUGGCGUGGCAAGACAGAAGGUGACGUCUAGGUGUGUGCGUGCGAAAACAGGCACGCCGUCACAUCGAUAAAAAUCGAUAGCACAUGAGCGUACGCAUACUAGUGCACACCCCUGGGGAACUUGCUGCUACGACUGCAGCCAACCAAUCAAAGGCCAGUCGCUCACGGGACGCGAGCAUCGAGUCUCGAUUCGCAAGUCAUUGCCAUUAGAGUAACAUAGCAAUAACUGUUAGGAGCUUCAGAAAGCAAACUCAUCAAGCAAGGUAAUGACGCCAGUCUGGGCUAAAAGGCAGCUCCCUGACCGGGAGUCGAACCCGGGCCGCCUGGGUGAGAGCCAGGAAUCCUAACCGCUAGACCAUCGGGGACGCGCAUCAGUUUGCAAAUAUGUACAUUAGUCUUUGGUUUCAUACAGCAAUGCGUACGCUUUCGUCGUAUAGAGUGCAUGCCAGCCUCCGUGCGCAUAGCCGCACAUCUUUGCUAGCGCAAGCUAUAUAAGUAGGCAAUUUGGACAACGAAAUUAUUUGUUGAUGCUGUUUCAGCAAUGGCUACCCAGGUGUUAUACAUAAUAACUCUUGUUUUCCCGGUCGUCGCGUAUCUUUGCGGAAACUCCGUGGCUCUUUGAUUGGACCUGUGUCGCAUUCCUUAGAUGGUCUAUUCGGCCACAUGCGCAUCCACGAGAGCGGAAUCGACUACAAUUCCGACACACCAACCACGCCUAUCAUGCCCAGCACCACCCUCGCACCGUCCAUCUGCGCCACCACCAACGCCUCCUCUGUAGCUGAUUCUGACACCGCCGACUUCACGUACCCACACUGCCCACGCACAUUCACCUCACGCAUCGGCCUGGUCGGUCACUUGCGAAUCCAUCGCACAGAGACCGGAGAACCAGUGCCUGUAGCACCAACCUACACCCACCAAGCUCGUCUCCACUGCCCACACUGUCCUCGCACUUUCAGGCACCGCAUGGGCCUAUUCGGCCACAUGCGCAUCCACGACGACCUGCGGUAG